AACUCACUCGCCCACAGCCAAGCUUCAAUCAAACCAUUCAUAAUCCUCCAUUUGUGUUGUAAGCUUAAGCCGAUCCUCAAAUGGAGCCGUCGUUCCCCAACAAUUCCUCGAACAAUUCCAAGAAACAAGAAGUAUCUGGGUCUAGUUCUUCUGGGUCUCCGAAACCCCAGGUUUUAGGAACCGAGCCGAUGAUCAAACGGCCUCCCAAUAUGCUAAAAGAUCAAGGGAUUAUUUUGCUCGAUAGGGUUGAUGUUGACGAAGAUGAAGCUUCCGACAAUGCCGUGUUUAAUCAUGACGAUUUUGACACAAAUGACAAAGGAAAGGGUAUAUAUCACCAUAGUGAUCAUCAAUUGAAGGAAACAUUUGUUAGCCAUUCACUUAGUCCAGAUGUGGAAAUCCAAGAGAGUCCAAACGAAGACGAAUCUAAUUUUCCCUCGGCAUCGCAUAAUUUUGUCGAAAUAGACAAUCAUUUCUCUGAUUCAUCAAAUGACUAUGAAGACUGGACGGCAUUUGAUGAAUUCAUGGAUGUGGAUGCAUAUUCAGCUUUGCAAGCCCAUUUUGAUCAUAUGGAUAUUCCUCCUGAUAUCGAAGCACCAAUACCAUGGCUGCCUCAUGGUCAAAAUGGAAACAAUAUCGACACUGAAACUAGCUCCUCGUGGUCAUCAUUAGCAGAACCUCAAAGUGAACCAGGCCCUGUUAAUCAUCUAGGCAAAUCACCUGCUCAUGUUCAGAUGAAGGAGGCUUUAUCAAAGAGCCUAAACUUGCAGGCUGACAUUGGUGUUCAGAACCAUCUUCCUGAAGAUAUUGAACCUUUUGCAUCGUUUCCUUCGCAAGAUGUUCAACCAAAUAGGAAAUCAGCUACAUCUCGCUACCGGGGCAAAUACGGGGUUAGUCACUUAAAUUCCGCACUUGGUAUUGAUGCAGCUAAAUCCCGGAGUUUUUUGGACCCUUUUAAACGUAAAAAGAAGCUACAUGAAUUAAAUAACAUUUCUAUUAACACGUCUGAUGCAAUGAAGUUCCAUAAUGGAGGCGAGACAUCUGAUACAGCUGACAGUGUAAAGAAGCUAACUGGUUUGCAGAGUAUGCCCCAUUCAAAAUUCCCUGGGUAUGUGGACUUCUUUAAGCACCCGGAAGCAGGACAACCUAUGCCAUAUUGGCCAGAUUAUGCCAAAAUGAAAGCCAAGGAGCCAUUUUUUGGCCCUCAUAUGGCUUCAGGUCUUUAUGGCCCAUUUAGUCCUCUUGUUCCUCCUACUCUUGGAGAAGUUGUAGAUAUGCCAUGGGUUCAGAGUUCCACCAAAAGUCUUCCAAACAUUGAUCCAGAUGACUCGAUAAGCGAAACAAUUGCACCCACUGACUUGGACGAAAUCUUGGGGAACUUCGAGCGGUUUAAACAAUUUGAUACCGUUGAUGAUCAUUCUGACCAUCACUAUACUAGCAAAGGUUUUAGCAUGAAACAGGCGUCGAAGAAAUGGACAAAAACAAUUCAGGACGACUGGAAGAUCCUGCAGAAUGAUUUACCUGAAACUAUAUUUGUUAGAGUGUAUGAGUCAAGAAUGGAUCUUAUGAGGGCUGUCAUCAUAGGAGCACAGGGUACUCCAUACCACGAUGGAUUAUUUUUCUUCGACAUAUUUUUCCCAACUGCUUAUCCAGACCUACCGCCCCAUGUCUAUUACCACUCUAAGGGCCUUCGACUUAACCCGAACUUGUAUAACUGUGGGAAAGUAUGUCUAAGUCUGCUUAACACGUGGCGUGGCAAUGGAAAUGAGAAUUGGGUUCCUGGCAUGUCGACCAUGCUUCAGGUUCUUGUCUCUAUCCAAGGGUUGAUCUUGAAUACAAAGCCUUACUUUAACGAGCCCGGGUAUGCAUAUCAAAGUGGAUCGGUUGCAGGAGAGAAUAGGUCUCAACGGUAUAAUGAGGAGGCGUACAUCCUGUCUAUUAAAACCAUGGUGUUUAACAUCAGGAGGCCACCAAAGCAUUUUGAGGACUUUGUUAGGGGACAUUUCUUCAAAAGGGCUCAUGACAUUCUGGUGGCAUGUAAAGCAUAUAUAGGUGGUGCUCAGGUAGGAUCUCUAGUGAAAGACAGAGUUAAAGAUUUCAAACCGAGCAACAAGAGCUGCUCGGACCAUUUUCAGCAAUGCGUGAACCAUGUUUUGAGUCGGCUCGUUGAGACUUUUAAAAGAAUUGGGGUCAGUGACUGCGAGAAGUUCUUGCAACCCCUAUCGACGUCGGUAUCAAAUGCAAAAGAGCAAUCAGCUAGGGAUAGUAAAGCUGAAUUAGAAAGCUUGGAAGGCGAGAAUGUGGAGAAGUUGGUUUUGGGAUAGAUUUUGAACGUGUUAACGUCUAACUGAAACGAAGUCGAGUGUUGAUAGUUGUCGAGAGUAGUUUAGAGUUUAGAGGAAUCAUAGUAGAUCUUGCUGCUGCCCUAUGUCUAUAAUUUUGUCAUAAUGAACAUAUAUGAUCUCUAAUUUUGUACAUAAGCUUGCUUCUAUAUGCACUGGAGGAGGUCUCUACCUUCCAACAGGCUAUGAGACAUUGUUAUAACCUGUUUCAUUUUUUGUUUCUCAUGGUAAUAAUAGAUCUUUAUGCUUCUUUUUUUUA